AUGGUGAACCCCCUCACCCGGUGCGUGGAGGACUACUCGCUGCCCCCCUUCGCACAGCUUCGCCCUGACGACAUCGCGCCCGCCUUGCGCACAGCCAUGGCCGAGUUCGCGUCCGACUUAGUGGCCAUCGAAGACGAUUUGGCUUGUCCGGACGCUGAGAUCUCGUGGGAAAGUGUGAUGGAUCGGCUGGAAAUCAUCGACGAUCCGCUCGAGAGGCUGUGGAGUAUCGUGACGCAACUGAUGCAGGUGGUGAAUGUGCCCGAACUUCGAGCUGCCCAUGCCGAUGUGCAGGAAGAAAUCGUUUCACUGCAGAGCAAGCGAGCCCAAAGCCUCGUGGUGUUUCAAGCUAUGACCACGCUGCGACACAGUGCGGCCUACGAGUCGUACACUACCGAGCAACAGCGCAUACUAAAUCGAGCGAUUCAACGAGCGACGUUGCGGGGCGUCAACCUUGUCGACAAUGCCAAAGAUCGCUUCAAUGCGAUUCUUGUCCGCCUCAAGACAUUGAGCACCACACACGCCAACAACGAAUUAGAUGGCACGAGUGCUUAUUCUCUCAUUGUCACAGAUCAAAGUCACCUCGAAGGCGUCCCGUUGUCGACCAAGUCGUUGUUGGCCCAGAAUGCUGUGGCGGCCGGCCACGUCGGAGCAACCAGUGAAAACGGCCCGUGGAAGCUAUCGCUCGAGCUCCCUGUAUACAACCCCGUGAUGAAAUUCUGCUCGAACCGAUCGAUUCGAGAAACGCUGUGGCAUGCCUUCAACGUCAAGGCCAACGCGAACGAACUUGUGGUGGUGGAGAUGCUACAGCUCCGCCACGAGCUAGCCCAAUUGCUUGGGUUUGCAACGUUUGCAGAGCUGAGUUUAGCCAACAAAGUCGCGCCGUCCGUCGACGCGGUGCUCGACACGCUCGAGGAGUUGCGGGACAAGGCACUUCCACGUUCGCAAGCUGAGCUGCGUCUGCUCGAAGAGUUUGCAGCUAGUCACGACCAUCCAUUGCCCCUGCAGCAGUGGGACAUUCCGUAUUGGUAA